AUGCUUAAAUCACAAUCGACAUCAACAAAUUCAAAAGCAGACGGUGAACUUUGUCGAAAUGCUUGUGGCUUUUAUGGAAAUAAGAUAUGGGAUGGAUUUUGUAGUAAAUGUUAUCGUGAAGUUUAUCAACAAGCAAGACACAUUCAAGCAGCUUAUGAUGGAAAACUAAGUUCAACACCAGAUGACUCUCCAACAGCAUCGAUCCAAUCUUCUCCAUCAUUUUCUAAUUUUCAAGAAAAACGACGUUCUAACAUGAAUAUGCGUAAUCCUAUUCGUCAAAUGGUCAAUCGAGCUGGCAGUCUUCGAUCAACAAGUAAUUCAGUAUUAUCAUCGUUGAUCAAUGACGAAAAUGCCUUAGAAAAUGAAGCUGCAAGUAAACAUUUAGAUGUCAUGACUACAGAUGAUGCACGUCUUGACAUUAAGUCUCAAGUAAAAUCAUUUGCAAAUAGUUUUCAUAAGAAAUGUUCGAAUAAAAAUAUUCACAUUGAUGCACUUAUUCAAGAGUAUGCAUUAUAUAAAGAUACAUUUAAAAAACGUAUACAAACCAAUCCAAUAUAUCGAGAUGAAAAUGAGGAUUUGAUCCUUCGUGUUCGUGAUUAUCUUGAAAAAAUUGUUUUUUCACGUGAUUAUGCAUUCAUAUUUAAUCGGAUUGCUAUUCUAUGUGAAGAUAAAGAUUUAUCAAUACAAAAUCGAAUAUCAUCACUUCAUUGGAUAACCACACAUAUGCUAGAUACAGUACUUAAUGAAAAUAUACCUCUUGCUCGUGAAGCUAUUUAUAAAGCUAUUAAUUCUUUAAUUGAAAUUGAUUCUAAAACAACACCACAAGGAAAAAUCCAUUCAAUAAUGGAAUGUAAAACAUAUAUUGAAGAUGCCAUACGUGCUAGUAGUAGUAGUAGUGGAAUUAAUGCUGACAGUUUUCUUCCAGCACUUAUUUUUAUUGUAUUAAAAGCUAAACCACCACGUUUACAUUCAAAUAUACAAUUUUUAAGUCAAUUUUCUCAACCAAGUGGAGAACAACUUUAUUAUUUAGCGAAUCUUGAUUCAGCAGUUCGUUUUAUUGAGCUUUUACAAGCUCAACAUCUUGGUUUAUCAUCCGAUGAUUUUUCUUUAUAUAUGCGUGGUGAACCUGUGUUACCAUCAAAAUUUGUUUCAUUAUUUGAUUCUUCAUUAUCAAAUGAAUCAAACAAUGAACAAUCACGUAAAAGAUUUAUUCUUUAUCAUGAACUUGAUCACCAUUGUGAAAAAUUUGAUGAAAAUCUUCUUGAUUUCAAUAGACAUUUAACACAAACAGUGAGUGACGUACAAGAGUUAUUGAAUGGUACAUAUGCACGUUUUCCAAAUUUCGAAAAACUUCCACAAUUAAUUGACAUUGAUAAUAAUGAACAACUAGAAGAUUUAUCGACAAGAAUAAAACAUCAAAAGAAUAUUAACGAAAUUCUAGACCAAUCAACAUCAGAAAAUGAGCAGUUACCAGAACCAUUAGCACCUGAAAUAGUACAACAACAAACAAAUAAUGAUAGUUAA